AUGGUCGACGCCAUGGCUCUGAAGGUUCAGGCGCUCACCGAGGACAUACCGAAGACACAGCGACCCCCCGGUGUCCGGCUGUGGAUGGAUGGCCGGCUCGCGACGACAGGCACGUCGCAGUCUAAAGUAGUGCAGGGAAGAUACGUCAACUCGGGAUCAGCAUUUCCCAACGUCGAGCGCAAACCACGCGCCAUCUCCCGGGUCCUGGUCAUCUGGCAGGUGGCGUCCGAUUCGAUAAUCGCAGGGUGUGCGCAAGUGACCUGCGCGAUCGACGACAACUGCCUGUCUGGGACGCGCUGGCCUGUUUCUGCUGGUGGGGCGUGCGGUAGCUCCUGCCGCCGUUCUGCGCGAUUACGUCUAUCGAUGCGCUGA